AUGGGUGUAUCAUCACUCCUCAUCAGUCUCGGACUUGGUGUUGCUUUCGUGUACCUUAUCGCAAAGUUCAUAGGCUUAUCAAAUGGAAAUCAUCCUCCUCUACCACCAGGUCCUAAGGGUCUGCCCAUCGUUGGGAAUCUGAAUGACCUACCUCAGCCAGGAGUAUUGGAGUGUGAUCAUUGGUUGAAGCAUAAAGAACUAUAUGGUCCGUUAAGCUCUAUAACGGUGAUGGGCCAAACCAUUGUUAUCAUCAACGAUGCGAAACUGGCCUUCGAGCUGUUGGAGAAACGCUCAGCGAAGCAUUCGUCGAGACCUCGACAGAUAUUCGCCGGUGAAAUGAUUGGCUGGGAAAAUUCGCUCGGGCUGUCACCUUACAACAAUCAGUUUAGGACACACCGUAAGAAUAUGGGCCGUAUUAUUGGUACGAAGAACGCGGCUUCUCAAUUCAACGAAUUGCAAGAAAGUGAAGUAGGACAUUUCCUGCUUCAUCUCCUAAACAAUCCGGAAGACUUCAUGAACCACGCCAAGAAGGAAGCGGGCGCUGUUAUCUUAAAGAUUGCUUAUGGCUACACAGCAGAAUCUCACAAGGAGGACCUCCUGGUUGACUUGGCUAGUGAUGCUAUGGACAAAUUUGGACGUGCUGCAGUCCCCGGAGCCUUCCUCGUUGACGUACUACCUUUCUUGCGACGAAUACCUGAAUGGAUUCCCGGAGCGGGAUUUCAGAAGCUCGCUCAGCAAUGGGGGUCCGAGCUUGUCGACGUCUUAGAGAAGCCUUGCGCAUUCGUAAAACACCAGAUGUCUCAGGGAAAGAAUGAGACAUCGUUUUUGUCGAAGCUAUUAGAAGCUGGAGACAAAGACCCGCAAGCCGAGUUCACGAACAAAUGGACGACUUUGUCGUUAUACACUGCUGGUGCAGAUACCACCGUAUCCUCGAUUACCUGUUUUUUCUUAGCUAUGACGAUCUAUCCCGAAGUUCAACAGAAGGCGCAAGAAGAAAUUGAUCGAGUUGUAGGGCAAGACCGGCUGCCCACCAUGAUAGAUCGGGAUAAUCUACCGUAUAUUGAAGCCAUGAUAAAAGAAGUUCUCCGUUGGCAUCCUGUCGCACCAAUGGCACUACCCCACGCAAGUAUCGACGACGAUGUCUGCGAAGGAUACUUUAUUCCAAAAGGGUCCAUGUUGCUUCCAAACGUUUGGAAUUUCACACAUGAUUCGGAGGUUUACCAAGAUCCUAUGACUUUCAGGCCCGAACGCUUCUUGGAGGAGGACGGUCACAAGCCAGAACCAGACCCACGCAUGUUUGCGUAUGGAUUCGGACGCCGAAUAUGUCCCGGGCGAUAUUUGGCAGAUAACGCCCUGUACCUGAAUAUCGUGCAGACUCUUGCUACGUUCAAGAUAAGCAAGUAUUUGAAGGAUGGCCAGGAAAUUUCACCUAUCCUCAAAUUUGAGCCGGGUGUCAUUCGUCACCCUGUGCCGUAUAAGAAUGUUAUCAAACCAAGAUCCCCGCACCAUGAAGCAUUGAUAAAAUCGCUUGAAGGGACUUAUCCAUGGCAGGAGAGCGAUAGCAAGACUUUGGCUAAUAUAGUCUAA